AUGUCGUCGUCGUCGUCGUCGUCGUCGUCCGCGACGACCCGGGGAGCGCCUCGCGCGCGCGCGGCCGCGGCCGCACCCUCCGCCGGGGACCCGCCCGCGUCGAUAUGCGAAGUCUCCGCCGGCGGCGGCGACGUCCAGAGCGAUGGCGCGAAGGCGCGCGGCGGCGGCGUCCUCGCGGCGUUGAACGAGAGUACCAAGUUCGUCGUCUCCGCGCUCGCGCUCGUCGCGCUCUUGCGCUACCCGAACGUCUCCACGUGCUGGUGCAUCCUGGGCUCGGUCGUGAACUCGAUCAACGGGAAGCUUCUGAAGAAGCUGCUGAACCACGAGCGACCGACGGGCGCGGUGAAGGCGGACCCGGGGAUGCCGUCGUCGCACGCGACGUCGCUGUCGUAUUUGUCCGUCUACGCCGCCGCCGCGAUGCUGACGCACGGGGAUAAGAUGUCUCCCGUCUUGCCCGCGUGGGCGGUGGCCCCUACCGCGUGCGGCGUCGUCGGAUGCGGGGUGUUCCUGACGUGGCUGCGCGUGCAUCUCGGCUUCCACACGACGCCGCAGGUGGUCGUCGGGUACGCGUUGGGCGCGAGCACCGCGGUCGGGUGGCUCUGCGCGAUGGAACGCGUCGUCGGACCGGCGCUGCGAGCGUCGCCGAAGCUCGUGGGGGGGUUGCGCGUCGCGCUGGCGGUCGCCGUAGGCGUGUUCGCGCUGUCGGCGAUCCGGUGGGUGGACGAGGCGAGAGCGUAUUUGACGAGAGAGAAGUCUCUGGGGGAUAAGGCGGACUCUAGUCGUUUUUGAAAGCGUCCGUCCUUUCAAUG